ACCCCCUUUCGAAGUAACCAACUUUUACGCCUAAGGUUUAGACGCAGAGAGGCGUGGGGGGAAAGAUGAGCUACCUACUGAGAACCUUGAAGAAGAAGGAGGAGGUCGAUUCCAUUAUCAGAGACACCAUCGAUAAGCUUCUCGUUCUUCGAUUCGGCAGAUCUUCCGAUUCCGUUUGUCUUCAACUCGAUGAUAUCCUUUCGAAAUCAGAACGAGAGGUAUCGAAGUUCGCAAUCAUAGCAUUAGUGGAUGUUGAUUCGGAGGAAAUUCAAGUUUAUACCAAGUAUUUUGACAUCACAUUCAUCCCUUCAACGAUUUUCUUCUUUAAUGCUCAUCAUAUGAAGAUGGAUUCUGGGAGCGCAGAUCACACGAAAUGGGUAGGUGCAUUUCACAGAAAACAGGAUUUCAUUGAUGUUGUAGAGGAAAUAUUUAGAGGGGCCAUGAAAGGCAAGUUGAUAGUGAAUUGCCCACUUCCUCCAGAGAGAAUACCAAAGUUCCAGUUAUUAUAUAAGGAUAUGUGAAGAAGUGCAAGUUCGGAUGAUCUUGCACCCUAUCAUCGUCAAGGGCGGAUUUAAGAAGACCGGCUCUAUCGUGCUGACACGGUGGAAUCUUUUAGGCCUCUUAAAGAUGCACCCGCUUUAAAUUGAUAUGUGCUCUCUUAAGUUAAGGAAAAGUGGUUGCAGUCUAUUGGUAGUGUCAUUGCAUGUGGCAUCAGAGGUUGCAAGAUUAGUUUUUUUGGUAACAACUGAAAAUAAGGAAAGAAAACAACUUGUUUGUCAUUUCUAAUGGAACUGUAUUUUUUAUAAUUAACGGUUGUUUUAUUUUAUACGAAGAGCUUAUUCAUUUGAGAACCCCAAA